GAGAGUCUUUACACAUCAAACCCCAGACCAGAAUCAUCAAUCAUCAAAGUAAAUCUAUAGUCUAUAUAUAGAAAUAUAAAGAGAGAGAGAAUAGAAGUAUAACAGUGAUGGUGUUUUCUAUGGCAUUAAACUCUUGUCAGGUGUAUAUUCCGGGAAGGCGGCCGGUUUUAAAGCGAGGAGGAAUUAGGUGCUCUUCGGCAUCGGUAUCGGCGUCGUCCACCAAUUUUGAUCUUAAGACGUACUGGGCCACUCUGAUUAAGGAGAUCAACCAGAAGCUGGAUGAGGCAAUUCCGGUUCAGUACCCGAACCAGAUUUACGAAGCUAUGCGCUACUCUGUUCUGGCCAAGGGUGCCAAGAGGGCCCCACCCAUCAUGUGCGUCUCCGCUUGUGAGCUCUUCGGCGGCAACCGUCUCGCUGCCUUUCCCACUGCCUGCGCUCUCGAAAUGGUUCAUGCUGCUUCAUUGAUUCAUGAUGACUUACCAUGCAUGGAUGAUGACCCAUUCCGUCGAGGAAAACCUACGAACCACACGAAAUUUGGUGUGGACAUGGCAAUUUUGGCUGGGGAUGCCUUAUUUCCACUUGGUUUCCAGCAUAUUGUGUCCCACACACCAACUGAUCUUGUUCCUGAGAAUCAACUUCUCCAAGUGAUCACUGAGAUUGCCCGAGCCGUGGGGUCUACUGGCAUGGCUGCUGGACAAUUUGUCGACCUUGAGGGUGGACCAAACGCUGUUGGGUUUGUUCAAGAAAAGAAAUUUGGCGAAAUGGGGGAAUGCUCUGCGGUGUGUGGAGGUCUCCUGGCGGGCGCUUCAGAUGAGGAGAUCGAAAUGCUGAGAAGGUAUGGGCGUGCAGUAGGCGUGUUGUAUCAAGUUGUGGAUGACAUACGGGAAGCUAAGACGGAGAGCGUGGAGAAAAAUAAAAAGAAAGGUAAAAGCUAUGUGAGUGUUUAUGGUGUAGAGAAGGCUAUGGAAGUUGCAGAGGAGCUGAGGGGACAAGCUAAGAAAGAGUUGGAUGCUCUUGAGAAGUAUGGUGAUAAGGUCAUCCCACUACACAGCUUUGUAGAUUAUGCUGCCUAUAGAGGUUUUAAUGUUGAUGUUGAGUAAGUUUAUGAUAAAGUUGUGGCUACACUAUCUCUAUCUCGAACCUGUUGUUGUUUUAUCAUUUAUCUUUCUCUAUAUAUACAUGUUGGGUUCUCCAUGAAUGAAUGCUUAUUAUGCUGCA